AUGACUUCCACACAACUUCGAACUACACACAGUGAACAACAAAGGAAAGACUUGGCUCCGAUAACGUCUCCAUCCAUGGCCACCAUCACAUCAGUAUCACCCUCCUAUGGCAUCCUAUCUAUGGAUCUAUUAAUUUCUCACAUAUUUCCUAAUUUCAGUUGGAAUUGGCUUUUUGCUGUUGCAAGACUUGUCUCUAGAGAAUGGAACAAGAUCAUCACAUCACCUGAUAUCGAUAUUUGUAUUGAAAGUAUAUUGACCAUCAAUAGUUUUACAAUGAGUGACAAGAACAGAAUAAUAUUCAUACGACAAUGUAUGAACAACAAAUUUGGAUCAGUGACCGGAAUAGUUUUAAAAGGAUUGGAAAUUUCAUUCUUUGAAGAAACAGCAAUGAAAGUUCAUUCCCAAUUCAAAAAUCAACCCUUUAAUUUAUUUUCAUAUUUUCCAAAAUUGCAGAGAGUUUUAGUUGAAUCCAUUUAUUCUUUUGAAAAGGUGUUGCCUUACAUGGCAAAAGGGAAUUUACAAUAUUUGAAAAAGUUUGAAAUCUAUUCGAACACCAUGCACGAUACAGACAUGCAAGAAUUCAAAAGCAUUAAUUUACAAUCCUUUCAAUCGUUGACAAUGGUUCGAUGUCAUAUUAACGACGGAGUAUGUGAUCAGUUAUUGAAAAACAAUUUCUCAAGUUUAACAGAGCUAAAUCUCUAUGGAAAUGCCGUGAAACACGAUGCGUGUCACAAAAUAUCAGAAUUGAGCAAUUUAACCAUGUUAAAUCUAUGUCACAACGACAUUGGACCUCCUGGAUGUCUGCACCUUUCUAAAAUGACCAAUCUGCGUAAAUUGUUUUUGAAAGGUUGUUCCAUUUCCAAUCAAGGUUGUGAGUAUUUGAGUCAAAUGACAGAACCAACAAGUCUCACUGAAUUAGAUGUAUCCAGCAACAAUAUUGAUAAGAAUGGUUGCAAACAUCUCAAAUGCUUUAAAAAUUUGCUAAUACUCGACAUUUCAAACAACACCAUUGGAGGAGAGGGACUUGCAUUGCUUUUCGAGCAUGAAUCACUUCCAAGGUUGACCGAUUUAGAUAUUUCUAGAUGUGAAAUUUCGAAUGAUCUAGAGUCAUUUGUAACACAUGCUCCUCGACAUAUAGUUCGAUUGAAUCUUGCAUCCAAUACACUUCGAGAAAUUGCUCCUCUCUGUGAUGAAAAGUUUUCCCAUCUUUCCCACUUGAAUUUAUGUGUGAAUCAAUUAUCAGGAAGUGCAUGUAGAGAUAUUGCCGAGUGCAAAUACUUUUCAAAAUUGACAUUCCUAGAUUUGACCUUUAAUCAAAUUCAGGCCUCAGGCUGUGGCGUACUAUCGAACAAAAAUCUUUCCAACCUCAAAACCUUAACUCUAGCUCAUAAUACCAUCACUGGAGAAGGAUUGAAAAAUCUAUCGAACGGUACUUUGUCAAGUCUUGAAACACUUAUACUUUCUAGUAAUUCGAUUGGAGAUGAAGGCUGUCAAUUUCUAGCGAAUGGUGUUUUUCCCUCCCUCACUGAUUUAUCUUUAUCUCACAAUGCAAUUACUGAGAAUGGAUGUUUGUGUUUUCAGAGAGGAACGAACAAUUUUCCUCGACUCAAGUGCAUCACACUUUCAGGCAAUGAAAUCAAUGAUAACGGAUGUAAAUAUCUUGCAGAAACAAAUCAAUGGAAGAGGACUGAAAUAGAUGUUAUCAUUAGUGGAAACCAAAUCAGUGGGAAGGGUCACGAAUAUUUGUGCAAGGCUAAUUAUGCAAAAGUAUAUACAGGAAUUUCCACAGUUAAAGACGUUUAUUCAAGAAAGUCAGGCUGUUUGCAAAUGUAA